GAAGAACAGAAGAUGCAGCUUCGGCCAUCUUGCUUCCUCGCGUUAGGGUUUCCAGAAAUUCAAUUUCCCUUCAUUUCUUUAGCGUCCGUAGGCGUAGCACCUCGCAAUUCCUCCGUUGUUUGGUAUUCGUAAUUGCUCAAAUCGAAAAAAUCGGGCCUCAAGUACAGUUGAUAAUACCUUUGGAAAGCAUAAGAAGAAUCUAUACAAAAUGCUUCAACACCAAAUUGUGCAAUCCCCAGCUAGGCUGGGCCUUACCAACCCUAACUCACCGUCGAUUACGAACCCUACUCCUCCAAAGCUCCCUCCUUCACAGACCCAUCACCACCAAGACCGCAAUUCGGCAACCCCUUCAGCAGCUCUACUGUCUCUUCUCCCACCCCUCCCCAGAGCACAAGCACUUCUUCUUCAAAUGGCUUGCUUAACUUCUAAGCUCUUUGAAUUAUCACCCAACAGGUCCCUUUGGGUCACUGCUUUCCGUGGAACCCUCCCUACCUUCCUUCCUUCACAAGGCCAAGCACAUUUGUCUACCCCGCUCGAGUCCUCUCCUUCCACCACCAAAGAAAUCCUCUCGCUUUUCACCGUUCUUCAAACCCAAAUCUUCGAAGCCGUUGCCGAACUCCAAGAGAUUCUUGAUCUACAAGAUGCUAAGCAGAAGAUUGAUCGCGAAAUCCGCUCAAGAGAUUCGGCACUUCUCGCGUUUGCCAACAAACUCAAGGACGCUGAGCGAGGUCUUGACAUUCUUGUUGAUGAUUACUCUGAUUAUCGCCGCACCAAGAGAUCGAAAUCAGGAGAUGGAAAUGAAGAUGAUUCUUUGAUUUCCUCGACUGUCUCAUCUCAGCUGAAGCUGUCUGAUAUAUUAUCAUAUGCCCAUCGGAUAAGUUAUACAACCUUUGCACCACCGGAAUUUGGGGCUGGGCAAGCUCCUCUCCGCGGUGCACUGCCACCUGCACCACAAGAAGAACAAAUGAGAGCUUCACAGUUAUAUAAUUUUGCAGAUCUUGAUAUUGGAUUGCCUAAAGCAGUUGAAGCCAAGGAGAAAACGAUUGAGGCUAUUAUUGAGCCUCUGCCUCUACAGCAGGUGGAUACCAAUCCACUUGCAAAUUUGUCUGCAAUUCAAGGGCUGCUACCUCCAAAUUUUACGGUUCCGCCUGGUUGGAAGCCUGGAAUGCCUGUGCAAUUACCUAUUGAUAUACCAAUUAAGCCUCCACCUGGCUGGAAACCUGGGGAUCCCGUGCCAUUGCCUCCCAUGGACUCCCUUCCAGUACCAAGAUUUGAGGAGCAACAAUUACAGCCUCACAUUCCUCAGCCCAAGCAACCAGAAGUUAUUCAAGUGCAGCCAGUUAAUUUGGAUCUUGGAGGCAGUGAUAGUAGUGAUUAUAGUAGUGACGAUGCCAGCUCUGACGAUGAAGAUUGAGAAGUCCAUGAAACUGAUCAUCUCAAGUUGACAACUUUACUGGAGGGUCACAGAAAGAGAAAAAGACCAAGAAGGAUAAACAGCUAGGGAAGAAGUUGAAGCAUUCCUGGACAUCUAGCUACAGCAGUCCAUUUGAGAAAAUUAUCUAUUGCCUGUCGGUAUACCUUCCAAAUUAUCACUUCUCUAUUGAUUUAUUUUCGUGUUGGUUCAAAUGGGACAGUAGAAGACAAAUGUAAUUAGUUGAUUCAUAUAUUUUCUUCAUGUCCAUUGUUCUCAUGAUUUCUAGAUUUCGUAGAUGGUGCUAAUGAGUUUAAUGUUUGUAUUUGAAGCCUCUGAAUGAAAGGAAAAAUAGGUUGAUGGUUCCUCUAAAGCUAUGGCUGUUAGUUAAAGGCAUAAUCGUGCUGUAAUUACAGUCCUCAAAUGUUGGCAUGAUGCUGUAGUGCCCCUGUCUAUAUUCUUUGCAGUUAAUUUUUAAGCGAGUCUCUUCGUUGGAUUUGG